AUGGCUAUGGUUACAUCAGGUCGAAUAAGUUUGUUGAAGAAUAUUAAACCAUUUAAAACAACUUGGAUCGUUGAAGUCAAAGUUCUUCAUUCAUGGUCACAGCCAUCUAAUUACGCUGGUGGAGACUCUCUUCAGUUCAUACUCGCAGAUAGACCAGGUGUUAAGAUUUAUUGUACCUGUAAGAGAGUCUUCUUUCCUCGUGUUAAGAAGCUUCAGGUUGGACAAUGGAGGUUCAUUGAGAACUUCUCUGUAACUCCUGCUGGCGGAAAGUAUAGACCGACGAGCCAUGAAUACAAAAUCUCCAUCACAAAUGUUAUUGGUCAAGCCAUAGAUAUUGGAGAAAUGCAGGCCUUGCCAGUGCAAGGUAAAGAAACCAAGAAGCUGGAGCUUACCUUGACAGAUACAGAUGAUCACCAAAUCGCAUGUUGUCUUUGGGGUCAUUUUGCUGAGCACCUUUUGUAUGCAUACAAAGUUGGUGAAGUGAAUCAAAAUUUUCUCUGCUUACUGAGGUUUGCUAAAAUCAAUGUUUACAAGGGACAAGUCCAGAUAACAAAUUCAUUUGAAACUUCAACUCUGGAGAUCAAUCCACCUGGAUUUGAUGUGCAAGAUUAUCAAAGACUGAUGCCAAAUAAUGAGCUUGCUCUCACUACUGGUACUGGUGAGGUUGUAAAACCUAAAGGGAACAAACGUCAACCAGAUAAGUGGUAUGUCUAUCCAGAUAGAACAGUCUUGGAUAUCAUAAUGGCAACUGAGAUUGAAAAAUGCAUUGUUAAGGGAACUGUUUAUGCAAUAGAUACAGACUGGGCAUGGUAUUAUUUUGGGUGUGUUAAGUGCCACUUCAAGAAGGUGACCAACAUUACUAAGAAGGAUAUUGUGCCAGUGAAACAUCUGUGGUUUAAGCUGCAUCUAUUAAUAAAGGAUGACACUGGUGAAACUAAGGUGAUGUUGCUUGAUACUAUUGCUGAACCUAUUGUGGGAGUAAGUGUUGAAGUGCUCUUAGAUGGUUCUAUAGAAGAGACUUUCAAAUUUGGUGUCUAUGUGAGCAAAGACAAUGUUGACUAUGGAUCGCAUAUAUUUAACAUUGGGAAGACUUGGUCUGCUGAUGAAAUAAUAUCUGAGUCUGACGAUGAGAAUAUUGAAGAUACAUUGACUAAUGUUGUUUCAUCUGAUCGUCCAUCAGGAUAG